AUGGCAAAUGUUUCAUUACCCAGUCGUGAUACCCAUUAUGAAAAGUUUCCUACUCGCAAAUUGCUUGCCGCACAGCCGAGAGAUUCUAAAAUGACGGUUAUGGAAACCAUGGAUGCCACAAAAAGUUUAUUGUUCAAAGCAUUGUUUUCUCAGAUGCUUACAUUUGUGUACGGACAGACGUACAAUGAAAUGGAUCAUUUGUUAGGACAUUUGUUCAAUGAAUCAAGAUACAAUAAAUUUCUCAGACCUCUACAUAAUCAAAGUCAUGUGAUGAAGGUAAACUUUACACAACAUUUGAGCAGCAUAGAAUAUUUUGACAUCUCAUCCGGGGAACUGCUUAUUUCUGGAUUUUUUGAAAUUACGUGGACAGAUGAAUUGCUCGCAUGGAAUCCAUCAAUGUACGGAGGAAAAGACAUGAUUCCGUUACCAAAAGGGGCAUUCUGGAAACCAGAACUUGCCUUAACAAACGAAGCAGCGAAUGACAAGUCGUCGAUCGACAGUAAUGGCUUUUCUCCAGCCUGGGCUACCUCCCAAGGGUCUGUGAUAAUGGUCCCAGCAGGAAGUUACAAGACUAGAUGCAAUGUCGAUACCAGUUUGUAUCCGUUUGACAUACAUACAUGCUCUUUUCAGUUUAUCGUAUCUAACCAUGACACUACCGAACUGAUGCUGUACUCUCCAACAGGAAACUUGGAUAUUGGUAAUUUAAUUGAAAAUGGUGAAUGGCUCGUUGAAAACACCAAAGCGAUCAUUAAACCCGUGUCUGACGAAAACUUUAGAUUGUCAGUUCCAAUGUCGGAGGCGUCUUUUUCAUUAAAAAGAAGACCAGCUUUCGAAAUGAUUAACAACUACACACCUGUCAUACUAAUGACAGUUCUCAAUUUAUUUACAUGUUUUGUGAGACCUGAUUCAGGUGAAAGGUUGUCAUUUGCCGUAACAUUGUAUUUGUCAUUAGUUUUCGCGACAACAGCGUUGGUUGAAACAAUUCCAAGUAAUUCCCUUAAAAUUCCACAUAUGUCAUUCGUGAUUUUCAUCAUCAAUUUCCUUAAUACUGCAAGUGUAUUAUGGAACAUUUUUAUUGUUAAUCUGUCAAGAAAAGCAAAUGUAGGACAUCCAUUUCCUGCGUUCAUCACGAAAAUCGUUGUGCAAAAGAGAAAAAGAGACGGUAAUAAACCAAAUAAGAUAAAACCAGAUGACAGGUCUGCAACAAAGAUAGUGUCAGUUGAAAGUGAAGAGACAACAAACGAAAAGAAUGGAGACAGAAUACACGAAACCAAAUAUGUAACCGAUUUCACUGUAGAAGAAGUAGCAGAAGGUCUUGACAGAAUCUUCUUUCUUGUUGCCUUACUCUUAUUUUUCCUCAUUAUUUCUAUUUACUCUAUACUCCUUGCAAUCGUCUGGAACAAAACGUAA